ACCCAUAGUACUGGUCCUCUCUCUCUCUCUCUAGUCUUUAAUACUCCUACAAUUCAAUUCAGCUUCCAGCCGGGCACCGGCAACAAAUUAAGUGCUGCUCGUUUCACAAUUCACGAGCAGCCAGCUGCUGGCCUGGUCGUACCAAAUUCUUACUUACUUGCCCCAUCAGUUCUACCCCUGCUGCCUCCUAAAAACUUUUGGGAAAUUCACUUGCUCUUUGUGCUAGUAGUCAUCAUUCAUGGCCCCGGAAAAGAUGCGUGUUUCUUUGGUGCUAAUGAUAUUAUUAAUGCUUCUUCUAGUGGUGGCCAGCAGCGCUAGUGAUCAUAAACAAGCGGAAGAAGAAGAAGAAGAAGAAGAAGAAGCUGACAGAAUAACUGCUCUUCCUGGACAGCCCAAGGUCUCUUUCCAGCAGUUUUCAGGCUAUGUCACCGUCAAUGAAGUUGCCAGGAGAGCCCUGUUUUAUUGGCUUACUGAGGCUGCUGAUGAACCCUCCUCAAAACCCUUGGUUGUUUGGCUCAAUGGAGGUCCAGGUUGCUCUUCCGUGGCGUAUGGCGCAUCAGAAGAGAUUGGACCAUUCAGGAUAAACAGGACAGCCUCAGGAUUAUACCUCAACAAAUUCUCGUGGAAUAAGUUGGCAAACUUGCUAUUCUUGGAAACUCCAGCAGGGGUUGGCUUUUCAUACAGCAACAGGUCUUCGGAUCUCCUUGACACUGGUGAUCAACGCACUGCCGAGGAUUCACUAAAGUUCCUGAUUCAAUGGAUGGAACGAUUCCCACGCUACAAGAAACGCGAACUUUAUCUUACUGGAGAGAGCUACGCAGGCCAUUAUGUUCCUCAGUUGGCUAAUGCAAUAGUAGACUACAAUUCCAAGUCCAAGAACCCCAUUAAUCUUAGAGGAUUCAUGGUGGGGAAUGCAGUUACAGAUAACUACUAUGACAAUCUGGGGACAGUGACAUACUGGUGGAGCCAUGCCAUGAUCUCUGAUGAGACAUACCGGCAACUGGUAAACAUUUGCGACUUCCGGCGCCAAAAGGAGUCAAAUGAAUGUGAAUCCUUGUACUAUUAUGCCAUGGACAAAGAGUUUGGUAACAUUGACCAGUACAACAUAUAUGCUCCGCCUUGUAACAAUUCCGACGGUAGCAGAACAACACGGCACUCAAUGCGUUUGCCGCACCAACCAUAUCCGAUGUUUAGGCAGUUAUCAGGGUAUGAUCCUUGUACUGAAAAGUAUGCCGAAAUCUAUUACAAUAGGCCGGACGUGCAGAAAGCUCUCCAUGCUAAUACAACUAGGAUUCCAUAUAAAUGGACAGCCUGCAGUGAAACCUUAAAUCGAAAUUGGAAUGAUACGGACAGCUCUGUUCUUCCAAUAUAUCGGAAAUUAAUAGCUGCUGGUUUGAGAAUAUGGGUUUUCAGUGGAGAUGUAGACUCAGUAGUGCCUGUUACAGCCACGAGGUACGCCCUCGCACAACUCAAGCUGGACACAGAUAUACCAUGGUAUCCUUGGUACGUCAAGAAACAGGUGGGAGGCUGGACAGAGGUAUAUAAAGGGCUGACAUUUGCAACAGUUAGAGGAGCUGGUCAUGAAGUCCCACUUUUAAAGCCCAGAGCUGCGCUUCAGCUACUCACAUCGUUUCUAGCGGGACAGCCCCUUCCCUCUCUAUGAUGAAGCACUCUCCACCAUUAAUUUCGGGACCAAACCCUUUAGCUUUGGUGUUAUUUUUGCCAAAAAGAAGGGCCACACUUUGAUUAUGCCAAGCACAUACGAAUGAAGGUGGGGCGGAAGAAUUGAGGAAUGGAGCUGUUGGGCAGGGAAUGUUUGCAAUGUUGCAGCACUUGUAGAUCGGUUUGAUCAUUGCUGAAAUAAAAGGGAAAACUAAGAACAUGCAGGUGCUUAUUUGUAACAUUCUUUUUUUUAAGGCUUUUUAGUUGAUGCAGAGAUCAUCUUCAAUAUC